AGCGCCAGACCUGCGGCCGCGCGGGGAGAGGGAUGCUGACCCAGUCCAGUGGGAGAGUGCGGGUGUCUCAGUCUCCGCCUCUGGGGCUUCGAUUUGGGAACAGCGCCCUCUCAGGGACGGCUGCGACGACAGAGUUGACCUAUUCGUCACCCUCCCUGCUUUGAAUCGCCUCUCCUUCAGUUGCUGAGGUCAAUUCCCUAGGAAAACAGUUGGAGGCGAAAGUGCAUCAGCUCAGCCAAUUCCUACUGAUGAGAUCAGGCCGAGUUAAAACCUCUUUUUAUGACGAGGUCCUCAUCGGUGAAACCAGGCUUCGCUUGGGUAAGAGAAACACCAAAAGCAGAAAAAUCCAUGCUGAAGGACCCCAGGACCAGCACCAGUUCCUGAGCAUCUUUCCUGGGCUGAGCAGCAGAGACUCCUCAGGAAGACUCACAGGACUGUACCCACCACCUGCCAUGUCUCUGUGGCCAUCUUUCCGAUGUGGAUGGAAGCUGGUGCCAAGGUACUCUAGGAGGGCCUCUCCACAGCAACCCCAACAGGACUUUGAGGCCUUGCUGGCAGAGUGCCUGAGGAAUGGCUGCCUCUUUGAAGACACCAGCUUCCCGGCCACCCUGAGCUCCAUCAGCAGUGGCUCCCUGCUGCAGAAGCUGCCACCCCGCCUGCAGUGGAAGAGGCCCCCGGAGCUGCACAGCAAUCCCCAGUCUUAUUUUGCCAAGGCCAAAAGGCUGGAUCUGUGCCAGGGCAUGGUAGGAGACUGCUGGUUCUUGGCUGCUUUGCAAGCUCUGACCUUGCACCAGGACAUCCUGAGCCGGGUUGUUCCCCUGAAUCAGAAUUUCACUGAGAAGUAUGCUGGCAUCUUCCGGUUCUGGUUCUGGCACUACGGGAACGGGGUUCCUGUGGUGAUCGAUGACCGUCUGCCUGUGAAUGAGGCUGGCCAGCUGGUCUUUGUCUCCUCCACCUACAAGAACUUGUUCUGGGGAGCACUUCUGGAAAAGGCCUAUGCCAAGCUCUCUGGUUCCUAUGAAGACUUGCAGUCAGGACAGGUGUCUGAAGCUCUUGUAGACUUCACUGGAGGGGUGACAAUGACCAUCAACCUGGCAGAAGCCCAUGGCAACCUCUGGGACAUCCUCAUCAAAGCCACCUACAACAGAACCCUCAUUGGCUGCCAGACCCGCUCAGGGGAGAAGAUUCUGGAGAAUGGGCUGGUGGAAGGCCAUGCCUAUACUCUCACAGGAAUCAGGAAGGUGACCUGCAAACAUAGACCUGAAUAUCUCGUCAAGCUAUGGAACCCCUGGGGAAAGGUGGAAUGGAAAGGAGACUGGAGUGACAGUUCAAGUAAAUGGGAGCUGCUGAGCCCCAAGGAGAAGAUUCUGCUUCUGAGGAAAGACAAUGACGGAGAAUUCUGGAUGACGCUGCAGGACUUUAAAACACAUUUUGUGCUCCUGGUUAUCUGUAAACUGACCCCAGGCCUGUUGAGCCAGGAGGUGGCCCAGAAGUGGACGUACACCAUGCGGGAGGGGAGAUGGGAGAAGCGGAGCACAGCUGGUGGCCAGAGGCAGUUGCUGCAGGACACAUUUUGGAAGAACCCGCAGUUCCUGCUGUCUGUCUGGAGGCCUGAGGAGGGCAGGAGAUCCCUGAGGCCCUGCAGCGUGCUGGUGUCCCUGCUCCAGAAGCCCAGCCACAGGUGCCGCAAGCAGAAGGCUCUCCUCGCCAUUGGCUUCUACAUCUAUAGGAUGAACAAGUACCAUGAUGACCAGAGGAGACUGCCCCCCGAGUUCUUCCAGAGAAACACUCCUCUGAGCCAGCCUGAUAGGUUUCUCAGGGAGAAAGAAGUGAGUCAGGAGCUGUGUCUGGAACCAGGGACGUACCUCAUUGUGCCCUGCACAUUGGAGGCCCACCAGAAGUCAGAGUUCAUCCUCCGGGUCUUCUCCAGGAAGCACAUCUUUUAUGAAAUUGGCAGCAAUUCUGGUGUUGUCUUCUCGAAGGAGAUAGAAGACCAAAAUGAAAGGCAGAAUGAAUUCUUCACCAAAUUCUUUGAAAAGUAUCCAGAAAUUAAUGCAGUUCAACUGCAGAACCUCCUGAACCAGAUGACCUGGUCAAGUCUGGGGAGCAGACAGCCCUUCUUUAGCCUGGAAGCCUGCCGGGGGAUCCUGGCCUUACUGGACCUUAAUGCAUCGGGUACUAUGAGCAUCCAGGAAUUCAGGGACCUGUGGAAGCAGCUGAAGCUCUCUCAGAAGGUUUUCCACAAGCAAGACCAUGGGUCAGGAUACCUGAACUGGGAGCAGCUGCAUGCUGCCAUGAGAGAGGCAGGAAUCGUGCUCAGUGAUGAUGUCUGUCAGCUGAUGCUCAUCCGCUACGGCGGCCCCCGCCUCCAGAUGGACUUUGUCAGCUUCGUCCACUUGAUGCUGCGUGUAGAGAACAUGGGGGAUGUCUUCCAAAACUUAACCCAAGAUGGCAAAGGGAUAUACCUCCAGAAGCCAGAGUGGAUGAUGAUGGCACUGUACUCCUGAGAAGGCUGAGUCUCACCUGCCCUCACUGAAGACUCUGCAUGUGGCCCAAGAGCAGCCUUUGGCUGAGACCAACCCAUGCCCACCCUACUUACUGAUCUUCAGGACCACCUCACCAGCCGUCACCUUCUCAGCUGGGAAGGUUUCUCUUCUGCAGCUCUCCCCAUGCAUGGCCAGCAUGCAGAAAGAGAAGGGUGGAAGUAAAGAUUGCCUCAGAUUUGUAAAAUCUAGCCAUCCUUCCCUGAGGCCACAACCUUGUCACAAGCGGAGAUGUUACCUGACAUGGCCUAAGCAUUCUGACUCCAGAGCUGGUGUGGUUAGCCUCUAUACAACACUGCCUGUGUGGCUGCAAACUCAAGUGACUUUAGACAUGCCACAUGUUCUCACAUGUGGGGUAAUCAUCUAGGUUUUAAGGUCUGAAAUGGGAAUGAUAUAUCCUUAGACAUUUAGUCCCAGCAUCUGCAAAUUGAUAGAGACAUAGGCUAAGUUUCAGCUGUUUGGGGAUGGGGUCAGGGAUAUAGUGGGCUUUCAGAAACACAGACAAUAAGAGCAUUGGCAGAGUCCGGGUGGGGUGGGCUGGCUCUGGCAUCUGAGAUCGUGGGGUAGUCUUCUUCUGACAAUAUCUCCAUAUGAUUGGAUUUGGGAGAACCUAGUAGAUUUAAAACACCUGAGUUCUCAAAGGGCUUCCUUCUUGUGACAGGUGUCAGUCUGUUUGCUUGAUAUAUAGACUAUCAGAUCCAUUUCAAAUCCGUCCAGAAAUUCUCUGUCUACCUACUUCAAGGAACAAGAACAAAUCCAUGCUAAAUUAUAGAGUCAAUCAGCGGGUGGUUGGUAUAUCUGAUUUUUUGAACUACCACAAUACACCUUGUUUAUGUCAUCCCUCCCAACCCAGAAUACAGGUGCAAAACCAGAACAAUGGCCUUUUUCCAAAGUCUGUGCAAUUUAUUCAUAAGUUAGCACCUCAGAGCCAUUUAUUACUACAGGUUGAGCAUCCCAAAUCUGAAAACCCCAAAUCUGAAAUACUCCAAAAUCUAAAAUUUCUGAGAGUAGACAUGAAACUCAAAGGAAAUUGGGGCAUUGUGGAUUUUGAAUUUUUGGGUUUGAGGUGUUCAACUAACAAGUCUAUAAUGCGGAUAUCCUGAAAUCUGAAACACUUCUGGUCUCAAGCAUUUUAGUUAAGAGAUACUCAACCUGUAUUCUAUUUAAUCUUAAUUUACAAACAAUUCUAACAAACAUGGCUGUUUUAUUUCCAACUCCAUAGCAGACUCAGGAAGGAAGCUGAAUGAAGAGAUAAAAGUGUGUCCAUUGGCAGAGGACUAAAGGAGAUUUGAGCACCUGUCAUAUGGGUACUGUACCAAAAGAAAGGAGCACUGUGAAAGCAUAGUUUAAGGGGUAGGAAAGUAUAUUAUUUAGGAGAAAAAACCCUUCAUUUAUUCCAAAUGAUAAAAUGUAAAAUGGGUUUCCAUAAAGUGCCAGAUACAGGAGAUAUUGUUGUUUUUAUAAAUGAUGAUCAUGUAUUUAUAGCAUUUUACAGAUUUUUAUAUCCAUCUACUUAUUUGUAUCUUUGCCUUUAAAAUCUGCCAUUGCAAAUAGCUGUUUUAAUAAAACAAUUUUGCCUUGGCCCUGAAGGCAGUUUUGGAGAUAUUUUUGGGUGAUGAGAGGGUGACACCAUGAUCCUAUUCAUGACAUUUAGACUAUAGUGUGCUGGUUGUGUUGGUGCAGAUAGAUCUAUCUCCACAUUGAUUAAACCUGAGAGCCCCUCUGCUGGCUUCUCAGUGGGUGGUUUGAACGGUCCUACAUCACUCAGGUGUUAGCCUCACUCUCCUGAGUCUAGGUAUCUGCACUGUGGCAACUCAAAGAUGACCUGUCUUUGCUGACCCCCUUCCUCCAGAUUCUCUCCUAUACCCCCAAAACUGAGUACUGAAGACCAGGGGGCAGAGCCAUCUCCCCACUCCCACCACAAUUCCCCAUCUUCUGUCACUCCGGGGGAAGCGGGUGGUGGUGGGGGGAAUAGAGAUCUGGAGCAGGAGAAACUGGGCAAGCACCAGGGUGAAGUCAGCUGAAGGGCAGGGAGUUGAGCAUCAGCAGUUCUGGAAUAUCAAAAGCAGAAAGUCUGCCAUGAACAAGAACAAGUGGAAAGUGCAGCCAAGGAGGAGCGAGGAAUCACCUGCCAGUGCCAAGGAGGGUGAGGUCAAGGAAUCCAGAGGUUGGGUUAAGUCCAGGCCACCCAAGGAGAGCAUAUCAAAGUGAGGCCUGUUCCAGGCUGUCACAAUCUCAGGAAAACAGGACCCUACCUGAACAAGAGGGGAUGAAAAUACCUACCAUUUAUUUAUCCCUGGUUUUCUUUCUUCUUUCAUGUUUUGUGUAAAACUUCAGUUAUCCAAAGAGAACCUUCUAGAUUGCAGAUGUGGCCUGGAGCAAGGCAGUUCCUGGCUGACUGACUCACCAGACUCUUACAAGAUUUGCAUCAGAAAGGCAGUGGCAACCUUGAGCUUCCAGCACAAUGGAAAAUGCCGAGUAGUUUGUACAAGUCUGUGUGCUUCCUCCUGCCCUGCUCCCUGGAACUUGGGCUUUCUUCAGGGGUUCCCCCAAUCCUGAAAGUGGAUCUGAAGGUGCUGAAUUCAACCUGAGGGCAAUGUGUGUAUGUUGUAGAGAAGAGGAUAAAGAAGCGAGUGUUUGGUUUACUGGCGCUGGCAUACACACAUUAAUUUAGGGUCUUCAUCUGCUUUGGUAGACAAAUCACAAACAUUUCCAUGAAUAACCGCGUCUGUUAUGCAAAUGGGUUUCCGUCUGCUGGUCUGUUGAGAAUAAUCUUCCAUAAUUACAACAGCUAUUUACUUGCGGGCAAAUCAGCUUUCUCACCACCUUCUCCAUUUGAGAGAGGCCUCCAACUGCUGCCGGAGCCCGUGUGAUUGAGGGCUGAUGGACUCUGAUGUUGUGAGCCUGUUGUUUGAGUUUGUGGGUCCCAGGACAGAAGGAUCCACAGUACUGCCAGUCAACGAGUGGGGAUUAGGCUCCCUCAGGCUUCUCUGCACUAAGAUGUCCAGGACAUAGUCCUCAUGAGUUUUAUAGCGAGUUGAGGAAACAAGGCAUGUGGAACUAAUGGAAGAGAAUUAAGCCCUGAAAUGUGUGGUUCUGCUUAGAAUGGAUGCAGUAAGCAUUUAGCAAGGAAGAUAUUAGUGUGGGCUGAAGAAUUAAUACUGACACGGCUUGUGGAGAGAAACUUGCCCUGGCCUUAUGAAGAGGGGAAGGAUUCCUGGAGAAGUCUCAGAUGCCAAGGCCUUCCAGGCCCAGAGCAGAGGCUGGAGGAAGGAAUUCAUGGAACAUGACCUGAGUGCAGAGGAGAUGGAGAGCAGGAUUGAGAAGAGGAGGGGAGGCUUGGAGGGAGAUCAGAUCAGUUGUUGAGAAAAAUAAGGAGUAACGCUUUUUCUGCACAGCAGAAUUAUGUGAUUAAGUUAAGGAUGUUGAGAUGGGAAGAUUCUCCUGGAUUACUCAGAUUUCAGGAAACAGAUGGCUCUAGAGUACUAUGUCGAUGAGAAUUUUGAAGACACAGUGUUUCAGAGAGUGAGACGGUGACUGCUGUGAUUAGAAAUUUGAGAAGCAAUCGGUGGUUGAACAUGCAAUGGGGCAAAUCAUUUCAACAUGAAUUGGGGAUGUGCCUGAGAAGACCCAACUUUCCCAAAGAAACCAAGAACACAGCCUUGGAAGAAAUGAGCCGGAAAUAUCAUGCUCAUCUGUAUGUGAGUGAGAGGAAGAGGUUGUUGGAAGAAUGAUGGGAGUCUGGUGUCAGGAAUCCCUUGCCCUUCAAAGAGACAGUGUGCUGCUACCUGGCUGCUUCCAUGAUCUGCAAAGUGGGUAAAACAUCUUCAGCUGGGUGGAUAGGAUAAGACUGUCAUUGACUGAUAUGCGCAACCUAAUUACUUCUUUAGUUACUUAAAGCUGGCUUCAUUUGUCCAAA